UCGUCAUAGUUUCGUUUUUGCUCCGUGCAUUGUCGCGUGCGCCUGUUCCGCUAGUGUUGCAGUGCUUGGUUGCGUGUUGCGUGGCUCGAGAAACGUUGACUUCGCGGGAAACAGCCAGAAAAUGCCUCGUGUGUGUAGUGUUGAGGGCUGUAUAAACGGCCCGAGGCGCUUGGUCAGGGGCAGCGGCAGUGUUGACCCGACUGUGUCCUUUCAUGUGGUGCCGCGCGAUGAGCCCCGGCGUUCGCAAUGGCUCAGUGCUCUGCCGAUGAUAAAACGGCAAAAGGAUGAGCCAGAGAAACAAAUGGUAUGCUCUCUGCAUUUCUCGGCCUCGGAUUAUGUUUAUAAUCCUGCCCUCGGAAAGUCUCUUGGCGUGCCCCAGAGACCAGUCCUUUCUCGGGCAGCUGUUCCCUCAGUGUCGCCUUCAUCAAAUCCCCUACUGGUGCCCCUGCAACAGCAAGCUGGAGGCUCGGUUGCUAUUGCCGAGUCCGCGAUCGAAAGCGAUGCCGCCGGUGCACCUGUGGAAAUUCCAAGUGAGGUACCUUGCGCUCAUCCUGAAAAGCUGCACUUUAUACUUACUGCAGGAAUGAAGUACGUUCAGAAAUUCAGUGUGUGCAUUAUACAAGUGCACGAAAGUCCGGACGAGUCCUUGAUGUCUAAGAAUGCGAAGGUAUUACAACAUUCCGUGUUUACAACAGAAGGUAUUUGUUCUGUUUUCCAGAGUGACGUUGCCGAGACCGAGAGGUUGCAGCACGAUGCAGCCACUGGGCCCGUAGGAAGACAUGGAGAGGUGCUGGCUGCUGCUACUGGUGCCGCCGGCUUACAGACGCAAAAGGAUUCUUUCCAAUGCCCUGCAUGUGGUACGACUGGCCGCAGCGUUGGACAUGACAAAAGUGUGCAAGUUCAUGUGCGGGGUAUAAGUGUUGCAUGACAAAAAAGAAGCAUUAUGUUGUCAAACCCACUUACAUAUAUAUGCAGUGAACAACAGUGACUGCAGAUUAUAGCAGAUCCAGUGCAAAGCACACAUUGGCUUAUUCCAGGCACAUUCGAGGUACAUAGGUAGGCUCCUGUUUCACAUUUCAAGUGUCUUCAAUGAAGCUCUGUCCACCGAUCAAACAGGCAAGAUUAUAGUAGCAGAGAGGGAAAGGUGGUACUAGUUCACCUUUGAGAAAGCAGUUGGGACAUGGGGCAAGAUAAAGAAGAGAGAGUGUGUUUUGUCUCCCCUUUCUUUGCCCUGUCCCUCAUUCUAAACGCUCCAAAGAUUGCACACAAGUGUUGUGUUGUAACACUUUGAAGAACCCCAAAUGACAUCGGAUUACUAGUUGCCUAAAAAUUAUUUGCAUAACAAUAAUUCCCCCUAUGCAUGG